GCCGCCGGGGCAGCCAAUGCUCGUCUUCAGAGGCUAGACAUUUUUGAUUCUGUAAAUAUCGUUCUUGACGCAGGGCCUUCUGAGCUUCCGGGCACUGCCGAUGUCGUCAUAUACUUGGUCGAGCCCAAGAAUCCCCUAAGCGGUGAUAUCGGAUUUUACACUAGGCCGGAGACAAGAGGCUGGUCAAUUGAAGGAUUACUGAAAUUAAGGAACAUGUUUGGUUAUGGUGACAUCUGGAAUGCUGCAGGGGCAUAUAGUUGGGACCAUACAACUGAGAUGAGUGCUGGGCUGUCCUUACCCAGAUUUAAAUCACUAUCAACUCCUCUAAGCGCUCGUGUCAACCUCAUUACGCAAGAUUGGUUGAAGUUUUCAUCCUAUAAAGAGCAUCUACUUGGCCUUUCAUUUGGUUUGGUUUCCACGAUUCGUCAUGAUUUGACUUACAGUCUCACAUGGCGUCACUUAACAGAUCCCUCUCACAUGUCAUCCUUAUCAGUAAGAAGGCAGCUAGGACAUAGUCUUCUUUCAUCUCUAAAGUAUUCAUAUAAGCUUGAUCGGAGAAAUUCGAUUAUCAGGCCUACGAAAGGUUAUGCUUUUCGCUCUUCAUCUCAAGUUGGUGGCCUUGGACCUGAUGGUAAUCUUUUGAGAUAUAUAAGACAGGAGUUUGAUCUCCGUGCUGCAAUUCCCUUGGGCUUCUUUCACAGCGCUCUAAAUAUUGGAGUUGCUGCCGGCAUAAUAAUGCCAUGGGGGAAUGGAUUCAUGGCUUCCCCCACACCUUUGACAGAGAGGUUCUACAUUGGUGGCAGCUCUUCUCCCCUCUCCCUGUUAGGCGGCCCCACAUCCCUGUUAGGGUUCAAGAUGAGAGGGCUCGGCCCCACUGACUUAAGGAGGAUGACUCCAAGCAGAACUGAUGGGACCAGUGACUCCCCAUCAAGUCCUGAAAGGGAUUCGUUAGGGGGAGACUUUGCAGUUACUGCGUGUGCUGAUCUUUCCUUUGACUUGCCUCUCAAGGUGCUCAGAGAUUCUGGAAUUUACGGUCAUACAUUUAUUUCAGCUGGGAAUCUGGCAAAAUUAUCUGAGGGUUCUAUCAAAGAUUUCUCAAUCCGGCAGUUUGCUCGGAACUUUCGUAGCUCUGCUGGGUUUGGUGUAAUUGUUCCUACCAAGCUCUUCCGCAUGGAGGUAAACUAUUGUUACAUCCUGCGGCAAUUUGAGCAUGAUAGAGCAAAGACAGGUAUUCAGUUUAGCUUCUCUCCUCUUUCCUAGAAGCUUUUGUCUGACAGAGUUAUUGGAUAAAAUAUGUCCAUCAGAUAUUCUUCUUUGUUCAUUUCUUACGAUGGUUACUCCGAAAGGAAAAAAAAAAAAAAAA